AUCGAAAAAUUGACGCUGCAGAUCAUCCAGCAAAUAAAUUCGCAAACGUUUCCUAAGGUUACUUAUGGCAUCGGUAAUGUUCGAGAGCAAAGAUUCAGUUGUCCCGAAGAUUUGUCUUCCCGUGCCAAUGAAGCAGGUAUUCAAUUAUGCACAACAGUUUAUACAUAUACAAUCUACACGAUACUUAUUGUAAGAUUUUCACGACACCUUUAUUGACGUACAGGUGUUAGCACACAGGAGUCGUUUGAUAGUUCAAAGUCAUUGAGCUGGGUUCAGAGUGACAAUGAAAAUCGAGAAGAUCGUGGAGUAGAUGGUGAUCGAAAUUCGUUCGACAGCUCAAAAUCUUUGAGUUGGAUUUCGGUCACCGAUGAUGAGAAGAAUCGUGUUUCCGAUAACGAAGAAAAUAGACCGGGGACUGAAGCCACUCAGUCGGGUACAAGGCGUUCGAUGACCGUGGAUUUUCGGCGUAGGGGGAGUAGGAAAAAUCUUGCUUUAAUUCUGACGGUGACAUCGCACGUUCACAAAUUGCUCAUAAAUCGUACGUCGAAAACGCGUCGUGCUCUUUACUACGAACUACAAACCGAACCCUUCACCGCUACCUUAGCUAGAACUCAGCGUACCAUCGACGCUGCCGUUAAUCAUGUGGCCGGUCUUCUGGACCGCGCACCUUGGGAAUUAGUACUUGGAUCAGAAUUGAUUUUUUAUUUCCUCAUUUCGAUGAAUCCUUCAGCGUUUACAGCAACAAGUAAAGGUCUGGUGAGCGGUGAUUUGACGUUGACUUUUUCUGGGCGCGAGUCGGUAACUUGCAAUGCUGAGGGGGGUGUAUUGAUACCGCAGAAUAUUCACCGUAUUACCUCGAUUCGCACUAGUGCCAAAUAUGUACUUGUUGUGGAAAAGGACUCGGUUUUCCAGAGACUUCUAGCUGAGCACUGUCCUCAGUUCCUCAACUGCAUUCUAAUCACUGGAAAAGGAUAUCCUGACAUCAACACCAGGAUGUUAGUCAGCUUGUUAGGAAAUAGACUCAAUAUCCCAGUAUACGUUCUCGUAGACGCCGACCCCUUCGGAGUUGAGAUAAUGUGUAUUUACAGGUGAGUUUUUAAGGAC